CCGUGGCCGCGAGCCAGCCGCCGCGCUUCCGGCGGCCGGAGCCCGGCGCAAGCUCGGAGCCAUGAUGAGGAGCUGCACCGCGGCACUGCGCACGCUCCGGGUCCUUCGCUGCAGGCUAGAAGGCGCGUUCCCCGCAGCGAGGCACCCGGUACUCGCGCGGAGGUGGUUUUCUACGGAGAAAGUCAUUCCUAAAGACCAAGCUCUCCCCAACCCCAGCUGGAGCAAGGACUUAAGACUCCUCUUUGACCAGUUCAUGAAGAAAUGUGAAGACGGCUCCUGGGAACGUUUGCCUUCAUAUAAAAACUCAAAGCUUGUGAAGGAACAACUGUCACAGGCCCAACUCUUCACUAGAGGCUAUGAGGAUGGCCUGGGCUUUGAAUAUGUGAUGUUCUAUAAUGAUGAUGAGAAAAGGACAGUUUGCUUGUUUCAAGGAGGUCCUUAUCUGCAAGGGGUACCUGGAUUCCUUCAUGGAGGUGCCAUUGCAACAAUGAUUGAUGCUACUGUUGGUGUGUGUGCAGCUAUACCUGGGGGAAUUGUCAUGACUGCCAAUCUCAACAUCAAUUUUAAAAGACCUAUCCCCCUCUGUUCUGUUGUUGUGAUAAAUAGCCAACUUGAUAAAAUUGAGGGGAGGAAAUUGUUUCUUUCUUGUGAUGUUCGAAGUGGUGUCGAUGAGAAGAUCCUGUACUCAGAGGCAACAAGCUUAUUUAUAAAGCUGGAUCCUGAAAAAAGUUUGACAUAAAAGAGCUUCUGGUGAAUUCCAUACCAAUCUGCAUAAGGCUGUCCCUCCUCCAGAAAAAGCAGUUGUCUUCAGUCCUGUUCUACUCACCCACUGUUGCAUCCCCCAUGGAGUGAAGCCUGCUAACAUGGACCUUCCUAAACAAGUCUUUUGAAUACAAUUCCAGGAGCUUCUUUUCCACCUUCCAAACUUUUUUACACAGAGACACUCCCUGUGAGAGUAUCAGCAGUUCUUUCUGUCUCCUUAGGAUGUGUCUGGUUCUCCUAAAAUUUGAAUGGGCUCCUUAAGUUUGCAUAGGUGUGAUGUCUGAUCCAUUGCAUUCUGGAGAAAAAAAUCAUACUGAAACUUUUACCACAAACUUGGAAAUGCCAGAAAACCAAAGGAAGGAAUAAAUAUGUGGGUGCACAAAUAUGUGUGUAUGUGUGUGUGUUGUGUGUGUGUGCAUUAUAAAUUACAAAACCAGCUUUGUUGUAUCUAAACAAAUCUUCUUGGCUGCAGUAGGAAACACAACUAGUUCCUAUAGGAUUGGAUACCUCACAUCUGUUGUCUUGGAUUCUAGGGAUUAAACUACUGUGCCAUU